AUGGAAAAUAAUUUAACUAACGACAUAGAAAUGUCCAAACUCCCAGCUUCGACAAAAUGUCUCUUGACAACCUUCGAGAAUGCCAAUGCGAGUGUAAUGGCCACGGUAGCAGGUGCGUUUGCAGCAGUGAGAAAAACGGACGAAUCCUUGCGGCCUAGUGACGCAGGAAUGUUGGGUCGAGCUGGACGAGAGGAACCUUGCUGCAGCCCAAUUCCUCUGCACGAUGUGUCCGAUGAUGACAUGUCAGACUUUUCCUCCAACGAAAGCGAUGAAAUGGAAGAGCUAGAUCUGAAGAAUACUGGCUCCAUAAUCAAAAAUGGGGACGACAUUUCAGACCAAGCUGCAAACGACUGCGGGGCCCUAAUGUCGGUACUACCGGAGGUAAGUUUGGCCGGAACUAGGCUUGGCAAUGGAGCCAAUGGCUCGGGUGCGGUUGUAAGAAAAAUGUUCACCAACACACGGGAACGUUGGCGACAGCAGAAUGUUUCUGGAGCGUUUGCAGAGUUGCGCAAGUUGGUUCCAACGCAUCCGCCGGAUAAGAAACUUUCCAAGAACGAAAUACUCCGCAUGGCCAUCCGGUAUAUUCGAUUGCUGUCCAAUGUCCUCGAAUGGCAGAAGAAGCAGGAAGCAAGCGAUCGCUCUCCACUGAAGCAGCGUAGCACUCAACAUAUUCAUCAACAACCGCCGCUGGCCGUGGAACAACAACCCUAUCAGCAGUUGCACUCGAACAACGAAAACCACUUCACGGGUAAUUUUCGAGAAAAUGGCAACAAUCUGCUGAUGAUUGUUUCACCAAGAAGUUUCGCCAAAAGCGCUGCCUCAGUUAGUCGGGCCAUCAAAGCGGAAUCCAAGGCAGAUUCGUGCACGGACAUCGACAAAAUAAGGCUGGUUAACAAGCUGUGUCUUCCUGUCAAAAGUUGCAGAGUUGCAACGAUGGUAUCCGUUGGCUCCGGUGCUGCCAAGAAUCGACGGAAAAUGCCUUCGCAAACAUCGCUGCAUCUUCCGAGUGGAAGUGGCGGCCACUUUCGGGCCGGUUUACACAUUAAAACGGACGUGAUUCUGAUGCCACAAUCGUGUGAUGGAGUGGUGCCUCCUUUGGUUGAGAGUGAAAUUAAACGAGAACGUAACCAACAGGUCAGGCCGUCGGUAGUCAAGGAGUCACAUGACCGCGAACAUUCUAAGGAUAAUGGACCCUUCUCAAAGCGAUCUAUCAAUAAAGAAGUGUAA